GGUAACGUGCUCUUGGCUCGCAUCGCCGGGACAUUUGGGUCUUGAUGCUGCGAGGGGGACGGCGUAGGUUUUUAUCAUUCCCGAUGUGUCAGUGCAUUGAAUGUUGAAAGGCCCAGCCGCCCCUUCCAUUCCUCUGAUUUAUACGAUGAUUCCAAUAUGGCAAAACAAACCUUAUGGAUCCUCUCGCAGUGUUGUUCGAAUGAUCGGAUCAAACCUCCCUUUGAAACCGUGUCCUCGAGUUUGUUUUCAGCUUGUUCCAGGACUCGCUGCAGCUGAGUCCCUAAAUUCUAUGCAAAAAGAUAAACCAGCUGUGCCAACCUUAGCAGACAUUGCGUGGAUAGCUGCAGAUGAGGGGGAAUCUUUCACCAGGAUGAGAGCUGAUGCCAGACCUUACAGGGAAGAGUGGCACCCUACCCCACUCCUUAUAAUGCACAGGAAUUCAUCAGUCCCCAACUUUCGAAGGGAAGGGAGAAAACUUGAAAGUCUGAAGAAACCAGGUUUAGCUGCUCUGAACCAUACAGUUGCACUUCAAGAUGAGCUUAGUCGUUUGCGAGAACAAAUUGCAAAAAUAGUCGCUGUGCCAGAGACAAAAAUGGAUACUACAUCUGCCCCUCUUACACCAGAACUUUGCUCUCCUGACACAUCGAGUAUUGCCUGCUCUUUACCAGAUUUUGAAUCCGCAUACCCUCCUUUAGCAUCAUUUACUAUAAAUGAUGAUAUUCCUGAGUCCGACGAGCCAGAAUCUUUAAGUCUCACGUCCUUUUCCAUUGCUGCUUCAUCAAACUUUGACUUUGACUUUGAAAAUAAGGGGCAGGAUUUAACAAUGAACGACGAUGCUGAUGAUGAGACCACCUGCCUUUCAAAGUCCACCAGCUUUGCAGACAUGAUGGAUAUUCUGAAAGAUAUGAAUAGGGUUAAAUUAAAUUCGCUACAGGGGUCCAGGAGAGGCUCUCAGCUUUUGAGAGAGAAUGACCCUUCAGCGCUUAUAUCGGAAGCGUUGAAACGCAAGUUCACCGUUCAAGACAGCUCUAUUUUUAAGAAGGAAGACUGAUCAAAUAAGAUCUUCAAACAUCAAGUAGUAAUCCCUACAAAUUUAAAACCAGGAUGGGAAACUGAGUCACUUGAAAUGGACUGCCUUACUCUCAGCCAGUUCAGUACACUCUAUGGAACCCUGCUACUUGGAGCAAGCAUGAUGUGUUGAUCAGAAAAGCGCAUAGUUUUUGCACUCAAAAUUACAGGUUGUGGAUACAAACCUAAAUGAGGCAAGCUUGUAUUUGUGCCUUGUGUAUACAGAUUUAUUGUGGAGUAAAACCUUCCUUAUUUCUGCUA